AUGCCCGUCCACAUCUUUGCGAUGGUGAAAGUAACUUCACAUGUUUUAGCCACAAGAGCUGUUUGUGCAGCUGCAGUCGGUGGCUUCUUCCCGAGCAUCAUGUCACCGAAACUGCAGGGAAACCAAAAAAUGUCUUUCGACAACUACGACACCAGUGCCAACACCAGAAGGAAGGCUGGACUCCACGCUCUCUGCAACUGCAAGUCAACUCCCCUUGUUCUUUCAGGUGACCACAAUAGAUCAGCUCUCAUCAGAGAGGGAUCAUCAGAAGCGGAUCCAGGUAGUGGAAAAUGCCUUCUGUCCAUCGGGGACGUCCUUGUCCAGACCGGGUCGGCUUCUGCUGGGAGAGGACACCCUGAGGAAGCAGGGGUGCAGACCUUCUUCCUCUUCAACGAUGUUCUGGUGGAUGGCAGCAUCAUCAGAAACGGCUGCUGGUUCAAAACCCAAAUUGAGGAUUUGAAGCUGGAGGACAUGGUGGACGGGGUCAGAUUCCAGCACCAGUGGUUGAUCUGCACACCUUGCAAGUCCUUUAUUGUGGCGGCUCAGUCAUACGAGGAGAAGCAGGCCUGGAUGAAGCUAAUCAGUGACUCUCAGAGCAGCCUGGUGCAGGACGGCAGCUGCAAGCCGAGCUCCGUCUUUGCUGUUUGCUGGAUUCCUGAAGAUGCAGCCCAGAAAUGAAUGCGCUGCUUCUGCAAGUUCACCGCCACCCUCCGUCGACACCAUUGCAGAAAGUGAACAUCACAUCCACCCCACUGAGCAGCUGAGGAUCUGCAAACUCUGCCACGGCACCAAUAAGGAAGAAAAGAAGUCCCGCCUGAGACAAUACAGUUCUGAACAGAAAAGCUUUGACUGGGAUUUCCCAUUCUAGUCCUCUAGGGCUGGAUCAGAAGGAAUCUCCGAUGGUCUGUUUUUAAAACUGGAUGCUGGUGAUCGUUGGGCCUUCAGGCAGCACUGGAUCAAAAACAGGCUGGAAAUCACUUCUUGGACUUUCAAAGAUUACUGUCUGUGUAUACAGUUCACUGUGUAAUCCACAAAUGCAGUUUACGAGUCUAUCGUGAAAUAAGAAGCCCUAUGUGGACACGAGCUGCUCCCAACCAGACAUCUGUUUCAGGGAUGGAACAUUUCAGCAAGAUUGAGCUAGAUUACAUACUGAAACCAUCUCAAUAGAGCAUGACACGUUGCAUUUGUGCCCGAAAAGUAUAUUUAGGAUCCUCUUAAAUUUGAAUCUGAACAAAUCAGCCACGACUAUUCUCGUAACACCCCGAUAGCCUUUGAAGGAUCUACGUGUUCGUUUGUCUGGUGUACCAUAAGAAAACCAGUGAACAGAAUCAAAUGUUAAUACAAGCUUUUAUUAUAUCAUGCACAAUGUUUUCCAGCCGGAGGUACACUCUUCUCAAACCACACAGGUAGGAGAGAAAUGCAGACUCAGAUGUUGAACCUUAUCUGUUGAACCUUAUCUGGGAGGCCAACUGCAGGGAAACAAACUUGUCACACUUUCAGCCAUAUAUUUUCUGUUGUUUAUCUCUAAUCCGACAUGCCAACCCAGCAAAGAUCUACGACAACCAAAACUCAAAAACAGGAGGAGACCCAUCAAUCUCAAAACCUCUGCUCUUCUUCACCGUCCUCACCUAAAGAACUCAGCUAAUCAGUCUGGUCAUAAAACCAGGAGGUGGUUCUGCUCUGAGAGCAACCAUCAGUGUACAAUCUUAUAGAAAACCCCCUCAUACUUUUAACAAUUCCAUAAAAUCCUAACAAGUUAAAGGGUUAGAUUUUUUUUUUGUCAUAUAUAUGAUCUUAUUUUAUCUUAUCAGUUGUUUUUUUUUCAGUAGCGACAGAGUGUAACACUUUUUUUAUUAAUACUUUAUGAAUUCCUCUCUUAAAACUCCAGCAACUGCUUUCCUCACGUCUCAACGACGAGGGGCCGGUAUGCAAAGUUAAACAUCGCUCUAUUCCAACUUUUUUCUUUUUUUUUGUUGCUUUCAUCCAGUUAACUAAUAUUUUCCAUGAAAUGGAAAAAUGUGUCAAUAUCAGAAUCAUUCAUGAUUAAUGGGAAUAAAAUAUGAUUUUAUGAAAU